UCACAGAAGCAGAGUAGAGCUGGAAGGCAAGACAAAGAUUAAUUCUUUCACUGAUAUUUUCACCAAAAUCCUCACCUGCAAUGGCCUCCUGCAAAUCACUGUUCAUUUCGCUGCUUGUGCUUCUGACACUGAAUGUGCUUGCUGUGUCUGCAAUGUAUGAAGACUGCUGCGUCUCCUAUACAACAAGGCAAAUGAGGUGUCAUGCUAUGAAAGGAUAUACAAUACAAACACCUGAAGAUCUGUGCAACAUUGAAGCUGUUAUUUUCCACACCAAAUGGGGCAAACAGAUUUGUGCAAAUCCCAGUCAGCAGUGGGUGAUGGAAGUCAUCAAAUGCCUCCAGCACAGAGUGAAGGUGAUUGCUCAACAUAAAUAGCAUGCUGCUGACCUGCAAGAACUGGAAGAACAAGUAUAGCCAUUUAGUUUUGCAUUAGGAACAAGCAAAAGUAGCAAUAUUUAUUUAUUCCAAUUGUUGUAUGUGUAUAGAUAUUUAUUUAUUAUUACUUAUGUUAAAGCCCCCUUUGCAAGGGCAGGUGGUGUUAAUUCUAUAAAACAAACAGUGUGUUCUGAACUCAUAUUUGAGGAUUGGGACUUUUGCUGUAAUGACCUAUACUUAAGUUUUUUAAGUUUUCUAUUGGUUUCUUUUCAAUCUGCAUAUAUUAUAGGGAAACAAUUUAUUCUUUCUAUUAUGUAAAAGCAUAUUGCUUUUUUCAUUUUACCCUGUAUAUUUCAGGGUGGAGUCAGACUGUACAAACAAAUGGGUAACUGGUUAUCUGUUGUCUUCUGUUGAAUUCAUUUAGAAUUCAUUUACUGUAUAUGAAAGGAUAUUUGCAUUAAAAUAUAAAGCCUUAUAAAGAAAA